AUGGCUGAACAACUGCGAUUCGACAAGAAGACUGUCGUCAUUACCGGUGCGGGCGGAGGACUCGGGCGCGCUUACUCCCUCUUCUUCGCCUCCCGCGGCGCCAACGUCGUCGUCAACGACCUCUCGCGCGAGAACGCCCAGAAAGUCGUCGACGAGAUCAAGGCCAUGAACGGCGGGCGCGCCGUCGCCAACACCGAUUCGGUCACCGAGGGAAAGAAAAUUAUCGAGCAGGCCAUGAACGAGUUUGGGAGUGUUGACAUCCUGAUCAACAACGCCGGUAUCCUCCGCGACAAGUCCUUCAAGUCGAUGACCGAGAAGGAGUGGGACAUUAUCCAAGACGUGCACGUCAAGGGCGCCUAUGCGUGCACCAAGGCUGCCUGGCCCAUCAUGCGCAAGCAGAAGUUUGGCAGGAUCAUCAACACCGCCUCGGCCGCCGGUAUCUACGGCAACUUUGGACAGGCCAACUACUCGGCUGCCAAGAUGGGUCUUGUCGGAUUUGCCAAGACGCUCGCUCGUGAGGGCGCCAAGUACAACAUCCACGCGAACGCGAUCGCGCCCGUCGCCGCCUCGCAAAUGACCGAGACCAUCAUGCCGCCCGAGAUGCUCGCCAACCUCUCUCCCGAGAUGAUCGUCCCUCUCGUCGCGUACCUCUGCCACGACCAGACCGAGACGAACGGACAAGUGUUCGAGGCUGGCGCGGGGUGGUAUGGCAAGCUCAGGUGGGAGCGGACCAAGGGACAUGUCUUCAAGACCGACAGUUCGUUCACUCCGAGCGCGGUCAAGGCCAAAUGGGACACGAUCAACGACUUUACCGACGCCGAUCACCCCGAGAACAUCACGGAUGCCGACUACCUCGGGUUCCUCGAGAAGGCCAAGUCGAUGCCGACGAACGAGAGUAGCGACGAUGUUCGCUUCGAGGGAAAGACUGUCCUCAUCACCGGUGCCGGAGCCGGAUUGGGUCGCUCGUAUGCCCACGUGUUCGCCAAGGGAGGAGCGAACGUCGUCGUCAACGACAUGAGCAAGGACAACGCCGAGAAGGUCGUCAAGGAGAUCAAGGACGCCGGCGGAAAGGCCGUUGCCGUCGUCGAGUCGACCCUCGAGGGCGAGAAGCUCGUCAAGGCUGCGCUUGACGCGUUCGGCAGCAUCCACACCAUCAUCUGCAACGCCGGUAUCCUCCGCGACAAGUCCUUUGCCGCCAUGACCGACGCCGAGUGGGAUGCGGUCUACUCGACCCACUUGAAGGGUACCUACGCAGUGUGCAAAGCCGCCUGGCCUCACUUCCAGAAACAGAAGUACGGUCGCAUCGUCACGACUUCGUCGGCCGUUGGCGUCCAUGGGAACUUUGGACAGGCGAAUUACUCGACGGCUAAGAGCGCGAUCAUUGGGUUGACGAGGACGUUGGCGAUUGAGGGAAAGAAGUAUGGCAUCUUGGCGAACAUCCUCGUCCCGAACGCCGGAACCGCCAUGACUGCGACGAUCUGGCCCGAAGAGAUGGUCAAGGCCUUCUCGCCCGACUUUGUCGCGCCCGUCGUCGGCUACCUCGGCUCCGAGUCAAACCAGGACACGAUGGGCUUGUACGAGGUCUCGGCUGGAUGGGUCGCGAGCAUCAGGUGGCAGCGCACCGCCGGACACGCCUUCCCCGUCAACCAGAAGGUCACGCCGGAAGACAUCGUCGGCGCAUGGGACAAGAUCACCCGUUUCGACGAGAACGCGACCAACCCCAACUCGACGGCCGAGUCGCUCGAGAGUAUCAUCUCGAACUUUGGCAACGAGGAUGAGGGCGCUUCUUCGGCGGGUGGUGGAGAAGACUACACGGAUGAGGAGGACUCGGAGUUGGUUGCCAAGGCGAAGAAGGAGGCGCACUCGUCGGGCGAGUUCACCUACACCGAGCGCGACGUCGCCCUCUACAACCUCGGCAUCGGCGCGACCGAGAAGGACCUCGACCUCAUCUUCGAGGGCGACGAGAAUUUCCAAGCUGUGCCAAGCUGGGGGGUCGUGCCGCAGUUCAGCGUCUCUAGCGGAUUGUCCCUCGACUGGCUUCCCAACUUCUCGCCCAUGAUGCUCCUCCACGGCGAGCAGUACCUUUCGAUCAAGAAGCCGAUCCCUACCUCCGGCACCCUCGUCUCCGAGUCGAAGCUUGCCGAGGUGCUCGACAAGGGCAAGGCCGCCGCCGUCACUACCGUCACGACCACCAAGGACUCUGCAACUGGCGACGUUGUCUUCGAGAACCACUCGACCGUCUUCAUCCGCCAGGCCGGCGGCUUCGGCGGUCGCAAGACCGGCAAGGACCGCGGCGCUGCGACCGCGCUCAACAAGCCUCCUUCCCGCAAGCCUGAUGCCGUCGUCGAGGAGAAGACGCUCCCCCAACAGGCUGCGAUCUACCGCCUCUCGGGCGACUACAACCCGCUCCACGUCGACCCGAACUUUGCCAAGGUCGGCGGCUUCGACCAGCCCAUCCUCCACGGCCUCUGCUCGUUCGGCAUCUCGGCCAAGCACAUCUUCCGCAAGUACGGCGCGUUCUCCGACAUCAAGGUCCGCUUCGCUGGCGUCCUCUUCCCCGGCGAGACGCUCGUCACCGAGAUGUGGAAGGAGGGCGACAAGGUUGUCUUCGUCACCAAGUGUAAGGAGCGCGGUACCGUCGUCCUCAGCUCCGCCGCCGCCACCCUCGCGCAGUGA